AUGUGUCGUGACGUAAUUUUCGUGGCCUGGCUCAAGCAUCGGUCUGCAGAGAGCACCCUCAUUGAUGCUACUCACAGAGAUGUGGAUGUGCUGUUACUGCUUUCUAACUCUGCCUACUACGUGGCCUAUUAUGAUGAUGAAGUUGAUAAAGUCAACCAAUAUCAACGACUAAGUCUAGAAGACCUGGAGAAAAUAGAAAUAGGUCCUGAACCCACUCUUUUUGGUAAGCCAAAGUUCUCCUGCAUGCGACUGCACUACAAAUGCAAAGAUGCAAGUGGCUAUUUCCACACACUGAGAGCUGUGAUGCGCAAUCCAGAAGAGGAUGGAAAAGAUACCCUUCAGUGCAUUGCAGAGAUGCUGCAGAUCACCAAGCAAGCCAUGGGAUUAGAUGUACCUAUAAUUGAAAAAAAACUUGAAAGGAAGAGCAGUAAACCUCAUGAAAACAUCAUUGGUAUCAGAUCUCAAAACCAAGGCUCUUUGGCCCAAGGAAAGAAUUUUUUCAUGAGCAAAUUUUCAUCUCUAAAUCAAAAAGUAAAACAGACAAAAGCCAACGUAAAUAUUGGCAACCUGCGAAAGUUAGGAAACUUUACAAAACCUGAAAUGAAAGUUAACUUUCUAAAACCAAACUUAAAAGUAAAUCUUUGGAAAUCAGACAGUAGUCUUGAAACCAUGGAAACUACAGGCAUGAUGGAUAGUGAAGACCAGGCAGAGUCUGAUGUGGAGAUGUCUUCAGAUAAUGACUCCUGCCACUCUGAUGAAUUCCUUACCAAUCCCAAGUCUGAUGAAGACAGGCAGCUAGCUAAUUCUUUAGAGGAUGUAGGGCCCAUAGACUAUGUUCUUCCUAGUUGUGGUAUCAUUGCUUCUGCACCUCGAUUAGGUAGUCGCUCCCAGUCGAUAAGCAGCACUGAUGCCAGUAUUCAUGUUCCUUCAGAGAUUACUGCCACUCACGGAAGUGGGCUUGGUAAAGGCCAUGAGUUGCCUCUGAAGAAAAGUCCCUCCGCUGACCACAUACACAUAUUGACUGGCUUUGCCAAGCCUAUGGAUAUUUAUUGCCACAGAUUUAUACAAGACGCACAAAAUAAGAUGACUCAGCCUUCAGAAACCAGGACUGUUUCUCAGCAGACAACCGAAGAAGGAAAUCAAGUGACCAAUCAAGUUUCUAAUGAAGAAAACCAAUCAGAAGCAGUGGAACAGACACCUUCUCGACCAUCACAAUUAGAUGUGUCUUUUUCUGAGAAAGGCCCACAGUUUUUGUCAGUUGAAUCAGUCAUAUCUCAAAAGACCCCAGGCUCAGCAUCCAGUGUGCUUGAACUUGAGACGAGGCUUAAUGUAACUCCUUCUCCUUCAGAAGGCAGUAGCAGUAGAGCCGUCUCUCCCUUUGCAAAGAUCAGAAGUUCCAUGGUCCAGGUUGCUAGUAUUACCCAAGCUGGAUUAACCCACGGGAUAAACUUGGCAGUGGCAAAAGUUCAAAAGAGUCCUGUAGAACCCGAAGUGAUUAACGAAGUCCAGCAAAAUGAACUUAAAACGAUGUUUACACAAUGCCAGACACGAAUAAUUCAAAUUUAG